UUCAGUUUAGCGUAGCGAAAUUAGAUUAGUUUAACUUAGCUAAAUUUAUCUUAGCUGGUUGGAUCAAACUGGAUGUAAAUGUUCUGUAUUUCAAGUAUUUUAACUCGUAAACAAACUGAUUGGUUUAAAUUGAGAUCACAGGAACCAAAUUCACCCAGCAGAGAUACUGGAAACCCAAAUAGUAACGGCUAAACAGUGAACUAUCUUGAUGUUUGAACUUCAGCUGAGCAUGUUGUGGUGUUAAAGUUCUGCUCAUGGAGCUGAGUUAAUCAGGACUCACUGCACUAAAUGUUUUUUCCUCUCAUACACCGAUAAAUGAGUCCAGUUUGCUCCAGGCUGGACUUUGGACCUGUUUUCUAACUGCAGGUUCUGUUCACAGGUUUGGAGCAGAUACCGUCCAGCUACACGGGAUCCAGUUCCUCUGAAAGGAGCAUGGCCUCUGGGACGCUGAGGUCACGUCUGGUUGCUUGUCUUCUGAACGUCUCUGAGGCUCGCAGGACGGACCUGGUGGAGAACGUGGCCAAGGCUGCUUUGUUCGACGCAGAGGGCGUGCAGCGGAAGGAAACCACGGUGCUGAACAUCUUCAACGAUCAGGACUAUAACCGCUCCGUCAUCACCAUCGUGGCCUCCAUCGACUCCAUCAGAGACGCGGUGCUGUCUGCGUGCCAGGAGGCCUGCGCGCUCAUCGACAUGCGCGGACACGUGGGCGUGCACCCCUGCAUGGGGUCGGUGGACCUGAUCCCCAUCUACCCGCUGGGGGAGGCGGUGGGGCAGCGGGAGUGCGUCCAGCAGGCCCAGGCGGUGGCGCGCGGCCUCACGGAGACCGUCCACGGCGCCAGCGUCUUCCUGUUCGGCUGGGCGGACGCGGCGCUGCAGCGCGGCCUGGCCCGCAGGAGGAAGGAGAUGGGCUGGUUCCGGAAGAAUCCGGACCUGCGGGCGCUCACCGCCGACGUUGGGCCGCCGCCGCGGGAACGAUACGGACUCACAGGACGUCGCCGUCGGCCGGCGCAUCGCCGCCGCCCUCAGGGAGUCGGCGCCCGGUGGGCUUCCUGGGGUCCAGGUGCUGGCUCUGCCACAUGAGGGCGCCGUGGAGAUCGCCUGCAACGUGGAGAGCGUGGCGGGAGCCGCGCCCAGCGGCCCGACUGAUCCUCUGUGGCCUCGCUUCAUUGUCGACGGACGGCCAUACUGCCACGCCCCGGCCGCCCUCAUCACGGCCCGAGUGGCGGAGCUGGCGGGGCAGCUGGGGGUCGGGGUGAAGGGCACCGCCCUGGUGGGGUUUACCCCCCAGGAGUGCAGGGGCUUAGCUGAGCUGGCUUUGUCUGAGGGGAUCGGGGAGUUCUGGAGGGAGCAGCGAAGGAUCCGCAUGUGAAAACCGACCAGAAGAAAAUGGCUGAACUGCAGAUUCUCCGCCUUACCUCUGUCACUGUGAGGGGCCGUAUCACAUUAAAUCAACUUCAUUACAUCAUGUCAUUCCCUCAUCGAAACCAAACCUGGAGUGUUGCUUUGACUCUUUCAUGUUUGAGACAUCCUUUCAUCUCCAUGGCAACCAUUCAGCUGAGCAAAAUGCCUGGGUGGACCUAGCCCCGCCCACGAGACACAGAUCCUCCUCUGAGCUGCAGUUUCCGAGCUUCCACCCCCUGGAGGCGGAGCUUCAGAAAGAGCAGGAGCUUUUAACUCUGCCCGUUUGAUGGUUUAUUAGAUUAAAAUUAGUUACAAGAACAAAGACGGCAGCCAUACCAGAACAAGACAGAGAAACGUUUCAUAGUCUUGUGGGGGACAGAAAAUGGACUUUAUGUGGUUCUGUUUUUAAAUAUAAACACUUGACAAGCUU